GCAUCCGUUAUUGUUGUGUGUGUGUGUGUGUGUGAAUCUGUUAUUGUUCCCUUCACCAAUUGAAACAAAGCGAUCAAAAUUCAACGGAAACCUCAGAGCUUUCUCGCUCUCUUUCAAGCAUUUCAACCAUUUUUCCUCUGAGGAAAGCUGUGGGAUCUCUCUGUGAAGCCAAUCUAAGAAAUAGAAAAGCGACAAUGCAAGAGAAAUGUAGAUCAGGGCGUUGAAUUUCUCUGUGAUUCUCCUUAUAUCUUUCGGUCAAAAAGCUUCAAUCAAUACUGCUUCUCUCUGUAAAGCGGCUUCUUGAAAUCCUUCUCUUUGACGCCUUUUUGGGUUUUUUUUGGUUUCUGGGUUUUGGUUUUGGGUUCUUAUUUGAUCCUUGAAAACACUUCUUCGUACUCCUUUUUGUUGUUUUUAUGACGAUUUCAUAAGUUUAUCCAUGUCGUCCGACAUAAGCUAGGAUUUGAUUUUGCCCUUGUUUGAGUGAUCCGUGGUGGGUCUGAGAGAAAAUCAGCCGUAUUUGAGUGUUCGUUUGGGAUUUUAUUCUGUUGCUGCAGUUAUUGUUCUUCAUGGAUUGUUAUACUUAUAUGACCUAUAAUGGAGUCCACUGUGUCAGAAGCUAUGUUGUUGAUGCUGAAAUUUCAUUGAUAUCGUCUUGUUUGUGUUGAAUUUGUUGAAGAAUUCGUGUAUUUGAGUUGGGGUUUUUUGGGGCUGUUUGAGUUUAAGGGGAUGGGAACUGAUCGUCUGCUAUUACCAACAGUUGGACCGCCAAUAAAACGGCGAGCAGGGUUGAGGAGAAAGCAGGCUGGUAGAGGCUCUUAUAGGGGAAGCUAGGAAAAUUGGGGGUUUUUCUUCUCAAGGUGUUUAGAUUUGGGGGUUUUCAACGUGGUUUUAGGAACACGCCCUGCUUUGUAGUGUAUUUUUUUAGGGGGCAUUUAGACAAAAUUGGUUCAGUAAGCGAUGGGUACUACUGAUUUGCACCAAAUACUCAAAAGCCUUUGUUGCAACUCUGAAUGGAAGUAUGCUGUCUUUUGGAAACUUAAGCAUCGAGCUCGUAUGGUGCUGACUUGGGAAGAUGGCUACUACGACAAUUCAGAACAACAUGAUCUGCCAGAGAGCAAGUUUUACAGUAAAACGAUCGAGAAGUUUCAUGAUGGACGUUAUUCACACGACCCUCUAGAAUUAGCUGUGGCAAAGAUGUCUUAUCAUGUAUAUUCUCUUGGGGAAGGGAUUGUUGGACAAGUAGCAGUUACUGGAAAACAUCAAUGGAUUACUGCAGAUGAGCAAAUUCCAAAUUUCUCUUCAACACUUGAGUACUGUGACGGUUGGCAAACUCAAUUUUCAGCUGGCAUUAAGACUAUUGUUGUUGCAGCCGUUGUCCCGCACGGUGUUUUACAGCUUGGAUCUUUAGAUAAAGUCAUUGAGGAUGUCAAUCUUGUGGCUCGCAUCAGAAACGUCUUUCUAACUCUUCAAGAGUCUUCAGCUGGGCAUAUUAAGCCAAUGCAUUCUUGUGAGAGUUCGGGAUAUGUGGCAGACAUUCCGUCUAGAAGCUUAGCAACAGAGAAAAAUGAAGUUGAAAUGGUCAGCAAGGAUGUGGGUAUAGAGUUGUCAGGAUCUGGGGGCAUUAAAUCUCUAGAAAUCAAACCAGAUGCUAUCAAUGUGGACAGUUUUAAGUCGCAAGUGAGGUUGCUUGAUGACAGGAUAUGUGGAGGGGAGCCUAGUGGGUGCAAAGAUAUCGCUGUCGGUUUGAAACAAAAAAUCAAUGUGGGAUCGCAAAACUCCGAAAUGGGUAUGGUUAAUUUAUCUGGUCCAGCUGAAAAGAUCAUAACAGAUGAAGCAUACUUCCCUAUGAAUCCUCAAGCCUCGUCUGUUUGUGGACUUAAACACUACGGGAUGUGUAGUCAAACCAACCCUUCAGAAAUGUACUUGCAAAAUGAUGUCGAAGCAUCAGAAACUAUUAAUGUGUAUCCAUCAAAUUCGUCGUUGAAGUUCCCUGCUGGUUAUGAGCUACAUGAAGUACUAGGACCUGCUUUUCUGAAAGAUGCUCUUUAUCUUGACUGGAAAACCGAGUACGUUUUUGGUGGUAAAGCUUUUGAGUUAUCUGAGGGAACAAAUGGUAGCCAUUUGACGUCUGAUUCACCGACCGAGCAUCUUUUAGAAGCAGUAGUGGCUGAUGUUUGUCAUAGUGGUUCUGAUGUUAAAAGUGACACAUCUCUAUGCAAAUCUGGACAGUCUCUGUUAACGACUGAAAGAAUUCCCGAGCCUUCGACAAAUGUUACGUCUGCUUGUUCAGAAGGUUAUACAAUGGGUCAAAGUCAGACAUCUUUUAUUGGAGAGGAGAUGCAGAACUCUUUAAGCUCAUCAGGAGUAUGUGGGGUGAUGUCCACAAAAGGGUUUUCGUCGACAUAUUCUGGUACCGGCAGUGAGCACCUGGAGCAGUUUUCAGAACCUGCAAAGAACAGUAAAAGAAGGGCUAGACCUGGUGAGAGUUGUAGGCCGAGGCCGAGGGAUAGACAAUUGAUCCAGGAUCGAAUCAAAGAACUUCGGGAGCUAGUACCAAAUGGAGCAAAAUGUAGUAUUGAUUCAUUGCUGGAGCGCACAAUCAAGCACAUGUUGUUCUUGCAAGGCAUCACUAAGCAUGCUGACAAGCUAAACAAAUGCGCCAACAUGAAGUUGCAUCAAAAGAAAAAUGGCAUGCUAGGAUCCUCGAGUACUGAUCAGGGUUCAAGCUGGGCAGUUGAAGUCGGUGGUCAACUUAAAGUCUGUUCGAUAAUUGUGGAGAAUCUCAACAAGAACGGUCAGAUUCUUGUAGAGAUGUUGUGUGAAGAAUGCAGCCAUUUUUUGGAGAUAGCAGAGGCUAUUAGAAGCUUGGGAUUGAUAAUACUAAAAGGCAUAACAGAAGCUCAUGGCGACAAGACAUGGAUUUGUUUUGUGGUUGAGGGGGAGAAUAACAGAAACGUACACAGGAUGGAUAUCUUAUGGUCACUUGUUCAAAUACUACAGCGCAGUAAUACAAUGUGACAGCUUCAACGCCUCAACUUUUUGCCACUGUUUGUAGAUUCCUCUGUAAAAUAUCAUGAGUUUCUUGUUGUGAAUCCAUCUGUCUCCAGCUUUAUAGACUGCUGCAGAACUUUUCUCAGAGAUACACCUUUCCCCAUUCAGUCCUCAAAAGUUGAACAAAAAGGAAAAAGAAACCUAAAGAAGGGUGCUCUAAAAGCAAACCAAGUUUUUUUUUGUUUUUUCUUUUGGGUGUGUUUUCUAGCCAGUGUUGUCAUUUGUUUGAAAAAAGCUUUCCACUUGAUAGAGUGCAACUAUUCUGUAUUUGUACAACCCAUUUGAAUAGUAUAAGUUCAUUUGAACAA